GCAAGAAGUUUGGCCCGUGAUCGCUCAAUCAGUGUGGUGAGAUUUUCGGUGCGUGACAGACGGUCAGUGACAGAGAUCGGGAGAAAAAUGGCACGCUCGACUGCUUGGUUGCUGGUAGCUGGGUGUGUUGUGUUGCUUGGCGCACAGUGCCAAGGGGCUGGCGACUUUGGACUUUCUUACAGUGUGCCCGGAUUUGAGCCGAGCUUCCGGGGCGGUAUCGGAUCGGGGCUAGUGGCCGUCGUAAAGGCAAACGCCAGUCUGCUCAAGUACGAAGCGAACCUUGACCGUAGCGGCGCCACGACGGUAUUGUACGAGGUGGCGACGAACCUCACCAGCCCACUGAACAAAGUGUUGGGCCACGUGGCAGCGAGCUUUGGAGCGAACGGUAGCGAUGCGUUCCGGACGUUGACCGACGAGCUGCAGGCCACUGUGCAGCCAACGAUUUUGGCGCUGGAGCAAGCGGCCAACAAGCUCCGGACGCUGGAGGGAGUCGUACGCCCGAACGUGUUCAGUGCGUUCGUCGCCAACGUGAGCACGAUUGCGCUGGAGCUGGAAACACUGGCUGCGAGCUGGCCAACGUUUGCCGAAACGGUUCAAAUGGCCCGGUCGUCCGAAGCUCCGUACGGUGCUGGUAACAUCUCGUCGCUCAUCACGCCAACUAUCGUAAAGUCGGUGACCGCUCCGGUACAGCAAAUCAAUUCCGCUCUGGCCAAUAUUGCGGCGGCGUACGGUGCCGUUGCCAAGGAUCGCACCACCAUCAUCGGGUACGAAGCGUCCACCAACACCAGCGUCCAGAACGCGCAGCAGGAUCUGGCGAGUAGCGUGACGAUCGCGAACCGAACGUUCGCCGAUACCGCCCACCAGAUGGAGCAGCAGUGCAAUGGAACAGUGCGUCAGGUGCGUGACGGUUACACCGCCCUGCUCGGGCGGCUUAACGAUGAGACGUCCGGGGCGAAGGUGCGCAGCUUCCUGGAGCAGCUGGAAGCGCAAGGCUUGGCGCACAAUCAGCGCACCCGAGAGUUGCUGCACGAACUGGCCACCCAGUACACGGAGUCGGUUACGUCCGCAGGCGAUGCGAUUGGGAAGGGCCUAUUUGUCGGCACGGCUGCCCUUAUCGAUGAGGCAACGGCCAGCGACAGUAGCAAUGCCGAACGGUGCCUUCAGCGCUACAUCGGUGACUUCCGGCAGGGAUCGUACGCACCGACACGGCUCUCCGUCUGCUACCAGAUGGACGCACGCACGAUCGGAUACUUCUCGUCCGCCAAUACCGCUUUCCUCGAGCAGUGGCGCAAUGGAGCGGUGUACGGCAAUCAGGCACAGUCGGUCUGCACGCAGGGUUCGGCCAACUGUACGGCGGAGUACGUAGGACAGCUAGAAGGCAUUGUCAUGCAGAAUCAAGCCCGGAUGAACGCGUUCGAUACCUUCCUCGGUGAGGAGAUGGUUGCCUUGCGCGAACGGUACGACCUUUGCACGCGAGCCGUUCGAGCGGAUGUGGAGCAUUUGGUGGAAGCGACGACCGAAAAGUACCGAAACUGUCUCGUAACUGGCAGAUAGAUGGCAAUGAAUGAGUAAAUAAA